UUGUUCUUUCUCUUCCAUGAAAAGAGGCGGGGUUUGAGUUUGGGAAAAUUCAGAGAAAAAGCGUAACUAGUCAGGAGGGAGAAAUCUGGUAUAUCAAACUCGAUUUUAAACAUGGAAAUAGCCUUUUAAGUGUGAUGCUGGGAAGUCUAAUUCAUGCCUUCAUCCUGCCCCGAGAAGACUCUAACGUUAGCCUCUCUCACACACAUCUGACCGCUGGAGGAAGGCGCAAACUUUGGAAGGCGUUGCGUCUUGUCGCUCGUGUCCAGAGUGAGUGAACGAUGCGAUGAAACUAUUCUUUUUUGGCUUCACUCCUCGCGUGCUGUCACGGACGUAUUCGACCUACGAAGCCAACGGCAACUCCAGCUAAUAAUGCGGCGUGAUUGAUCAUCGGUAGGAGGCAAUACCCAUCCACUCUUUUGGAUAUCUGUGGACGAAGAGGCGUUUGUUCCGUGGUGUUUCUUGCUGUGACAGGACUACUUCGUUUAGAUCAAUAUGACGUCUCCGGCUAAAUUCCGAAAGGACAAGGAGAUUAUAGCCGAAUAUGAAACGCAAGUUAAAGAGAUCCGAACCCAGUUGGUGGAGCAGCUUAAGUGUUUGGACCAGCAAUGUGAGCUCCGUGUGCAGCUCCUGCAGGACCUGCAGGACUUCUUCCGCAAGAAGGCUGAGAUCGAGAUGGACUACUCCCGCAACCUAGAGAAACUAGCCGAGAGGUUCCUGGCCAAAACGCGUUACACAAAGGACCCUCAAUUCAAAAAAGAGCAAAAUGUCUUGUCUCCAGUCAACUGCUGGAACCUUCUCUUGUCUCAGGUGAAGAGAGAGAGUCGAGACCACGCCACACUCAGCGAUCUCUACCUCAACAACAUCAUCCCACGCUUCGCCCAGGUCAGCGAGGACUCAGGACGCCUCUUCAAAAAGAGUAAAGAAGUGGGCCUCCAGCUGCAGGAGGAUCUGAUGAAGGUCCUCAAUGAGUUGUACACGGUGAUGAAGACCUAUCACAUGUACAACAUGGACAGCAUCAACGCCGAAAGCAAGCUGAAAGAGGCAGAAAAGCAGGAGGAGAAACAGAUGAGCCGCAGCAUCCGACACGAGGACAGGCAGACCCCUCGCUCGCCCGACUCCCUGACAAACAUCAAGAUAGAGGAGAAACACGUACGCCGCAGCUCUGUCAAGAAGAUCGAGAAAAUGAAGGAGAAGCGGCAAGCAAAAUACACUGAGAACAAGCUGAAAGCCAUCAAGGCCAGGAAUGAGUAUCUUCUGGCUCUGGAGGCCACCAACAGCUGUGUCUUCAAAUACUACAUCCAUGAUCUUUCUGACCUCAUAGAUUGCUGUGACCUGGGCUACCAUGCCAGCCUGAACCGUGCACUGCGUACCUACCUCUCGGCCGAGUUUAACCUGGAGACUUCCAAGCACUGUGGUCUGGAGACCAUUGAGAACGCUGCUGAGAACCUAGAGGCCAACGCAGACAAACAAAGGCUCAUGGAGACCUACAACAACGUCUUCUGCCCUCCGAUGCGAUUCGAUUUCCAGUCUCACAUGGGUGAUAUGGUGAGCCAUAUGUGUGCUCAGCUGCCCGUGCAGGGAGAGCUGAUCCAGAGAUGCCAGCAGCUACAGUCUCGCCUGUCCACACUGAAAAUAGAGAAUGAAGAGGUGAAGAAGACGAUGGAGGCCACUCUGCAGACCAUCCAGGACAUGGUGACCAUUGAGGACUUUGAUGUGACUGACUGCUUCCACCACAGUAACUCAAUGGAGUCGGUCAAGUCCACUGUGUCUGAAUCUUUCAUGAGCAAACCCAGCCUGGCCAAGAGACGAGCCAACCAGCAGGAGACAGAACAGUUCUACUUCACGAAACUGAAGGAAUUUCUGGAGGGCAGGAACCUCAUCACCAAACUACAGGCUAAACAUGACUUGAUCCAAAAGACUUUGGGAGAAAGUCAGAAGACCGACUACUGCCUUGCCAGCGGACGGAGGAACUCCACUGUUCAGAAACAGGAGUCCUGCCAAAUCAUUCCCCUGAUGGUGGAGAGUUGUAUUCGCUUCAUCAGUCGACACGGUCUCCAUCACGAGGGGAUAUUCAGGGUGUCUGGCUCCCAGGUGGAAGUCAAUGAUAUUAAGAACGCUUUUGAAAGAGGUGAGGACCCGCUGGCUGGGGACCAGAAUGAUAACGAUAUGGACUCCAUCGCUGGAGUGUUAAAGCUCUACUUCAGAGGCCUGGAGAACACCCUCUUUCCUAAGGAAGUCUUCCAUGACUUAAUGUCCUGUGUCUCCAUGGAGAACCUCCAGGACAGAGCUGUCCACAUCCGCAAAGUCCUGCUGUCUCUACCCAGCAGCACCCUGGUUAUCAUGAGAUACCUGUUCGCUUUCCUCAACCACCUGUCCCAGUACAGUGACGACAACAUGAUGGACCCUUACAACCUAGCUAUCUGCUUCGGCCCAACACUCAUGUCUGUGCCCGAGGGCCACGACCAAGUCUCCUGCCAGGCACAUGUGAACGAGCUCAUCAAAACCAUCAUUAUCCAUCAUGGGUGCAUCUUUCCAGGGCCCCGUGAGCUGGAGGGGCCCAUCUAUGAGCGUGGAGGAGCCGCUGAGGAAUACUGUGAUAAUCCACACAUUGAGCCCCCCCUAGUGGCUGAACCUGCACCUGACACUGCGUCUGAAAUCCACAACAGUGAUGAUGUAAAGUCAGGGUCAUUGAACGUUUCAGAGUCUGACCCCAUUGAGGCUGUCGCACGUUUUGACUACUCUGGACGCACCAACCGUGAGCUUUCCUUCAAGAAGGGGGCAUCUUUGCUGCUGUACCACCGUGCAUCUGAGGAUUGGUGGGAGGGUCGCCACAGCGGCACUGAUGGACUGGUGCCGCACCAGUACAUAAACGUGCCAGACAUGCCGGAUGGAUAUACAGGCAGAGGAAGUCCCAAAGCUGACCUAGAGGCUUCCCAUGAUGCUGUGGAAGAGAAGGUGUCCACCAGAGCCAGUGCUGGCUCACCCACUGGAGGCCACGUAGCUGAUAUCUACCUAGCUAACCUCAACAAGAUGAGAAAACGGCCUGAAGCGACCAGUAUCCGUAGAACAAUCCGGCCUGGGGAGGGACAAGGUGAGGGCUCAUCCGGGGCAACAGGGGGUUUAAAGACCUCCUCUAUGCCAGCAGGUGGAUAUGCCAAGGAGGGCACAGACAAGCGGCCGGUCAGUGCUCAUAGUGUCCUAAACUCCAUCACUCGACACUCCUCUCUAAAGACUAAGGUAGAAGGUCCUCAGCUCCGCAAGUCCACACCUGCAGGACGAUCUAAGAGUUUCAGCAACCACAGACCACUGGAGCCGGAGGUCAUCACUCAGGUGGAGCAUAGCUCUCAGGACAUUGAGGCGACUAUGAACACGGCUCUAAGUGAGCUGCGAGAGCUGGAGAGGCAGAGCAACGUCAAACACACUCCUGACGUGGUGCUUGACACUCUAGAGCAGCUGAAAAGCGGCGGGGCGUCUGAACCCUCCAGCCCGCUUCAUUCCCGCCUGCUCCGUGAGGCCGACUCCUCCCAGCAUCCUCUGCAGCGCAGCGCCAGUUCAGCCAGCGACAUGCCCUCCACCUUCCGGCCCGGCAAGAGCUCGGGUCCCAAGAGCCCUCUGUCUACCACAGGUCUGUCGGCUUCUGGCUCCACCUUCAGAGAUAACAAACCCCCAGCCACCAAGCCCAAGCCUGUGGUGUUCCCAAAAAGCAGUUCGGCCGGGGGCAGUCCGGCGAUGGGAUCCCCGACCACCACCAUACCACCAACACCACCACCCCCUCCACCACCCACCGACAAGUUCUGCCCGGUCUGAGGGCUUACAGCCUCGAUCCAUGAUCCAUCUUAGCAAUUCCAAGUGCAACCUCUAACAAUGAGUUUUUUGGAUUUUAACAGAAAACUGCGGACAACUUAACAGACCUAAACUGAUAUUGGAUGCUUGCGUGAGUGAGCACGAGUUUGUGUGUGUGUGUGGAAUUCAUAAACACUUGUGGAAAUAUUGGAGUGUUUUU